CAGUUUACCUAGUUUUGACUUUGACAUUUGCCAUUGCAAAACAAAUCGGCAGAUUGAGUUUUUAGAGUAAAAUCCAAGUUAGCUAUAAAUUUUUAUUUAUUACUACAAGUACACUUAGUGAACUGAAUUAAUUUUGAUAGAUAUUAUCUGUGGAAAAUACACAAGACAUAGUACGUUGGGAACAUCAACCUCUAAUCAAGUCGACCAAAAAUGCACAAGAAACCCAUAUCUUUUGGUAAAAUCAGCCUUAAAGCUAGCAAAACAGAUGAAAACAAGGACAAAAAUGAGGCAAACACAUCAGGUUUCGGUACUUUCGGCCGUACACCUAUUCAGGAACACAAGGAAAUCGAAGAAAUAGCUGAAGACUUAGAAAAUCAACACGUUCAGCAAGUGAUGGGAAUAAAAAAUUUUGGGAAAAAAGCUAAGAACUUUGACCUCGUCGAACUAGUGGAACAGGCAAAGGUAAACGCCCAGGAGGCCAAUAAAAGGAGGUUGGAGGCUGAAGCUUCUAAGCCUAAGGAACCAGAGACGAAAAAAGAUGAACAAAGCGGUGAUGACUUGAUAGGGCCGCCAUUACCUCCAGCGAUGUCACAAAAUGAUGACGAUGAUGAUGAUCUCAUAGGCCCACCAAUACCACCAGACCUGAUGAACAAGGAUGCCAAAAGGAAGAGCAAAGGUGAUGGUGAUGAAGACAGCUAUGAUGAGCUAAGUGGUUCUGAUGAUGAGGACUUGCCAUUGGAGAAGAGGAUACCUAAUAGUCAUGAGGUGGAAAUGCUACAUGGUACUAAAGCAGUGGUUGCGCUGGCUGCAGACCCCUCAGGUGCUAGACUGGCAACUGGCUCCAUUGACUACGAUGUCUCGUUCUGGGAUUUUGCUGGUAUGGACUCAGGAAUGCGAUCAUUCCGCACCCUACAGCCGUGUGAGAACCACCCCAUCAAGGCACUACAGUACUCCAAUACGGGAGACUCUAUACUAGUAGUCAGCGGCGCUGCUCAGGCCAAGGUGCUGGACAGAGACGGCUUUGAAGUGCUUGAGUGUGUGAAGGGAGAUCAGUAUAUUACUGAUAUGGCUAAAACUAAAGGCCACACAGCAGCUCUAAACAGUGGUUGUUGGCAUCCGCACAUACGCGAGGAGUUCAUGACAUGUUCCCAAGAUGGUACACUACGACUCUGGCUCACUGAGAACCCUAAACAGCACAAAGCAGUCAUAAAACCCAGACAGCAAGGAGGUUUGAAAACCAACCCAACUGCUUGUACAUUCUCCAGGGACGGGAACACAGUCGCUUGCGCAUGCUACGACGGUUCCAUUCAAAUGUGGGACCAUAGGAAGAACUUCGUCAAUACCACAGCCUGUGUCAGAGACUGCCAUCAAAAACAAUCAGAAAUAUCCAGCAUUUCAUAUUCCUACCUCGGUUCCUACUUAGCUAGUAGAGGCAAUGACGAUACUCUUAAAAUCUGGGACCUUAGAAACUUCAGGAAACCUGUGAACGUUUUUGGAGAUCUAUUCUCGAGGUAUGAACAAACUGACUGCGCGUUCAGUCCAGAUGAUAGUCUGGUGUUCACGGGAGAGUCUCUAAAGAAGGGUCAGGAUAUAGGAAGACUAAUAUUCUACAAUACAAAGACGUUUGAACAAGUUUCGCAUAUAGAUGUGACGAAAUCUCACGUGAUAAAGGCGAUUUGGCACGCGAAACUGAACCAGAUAUUCGUCGGUUGCGGUAAUGGAGUUGUGAAGUGCUACUUUGAUCAGAAAAGGAGUUUACGAGGUGCGAAGCUUUGCAUAGUGAAGACUCAUAGGAAGAAGCAUUCGGUAGAAGUUGUGAGCGCUCAGCAGAUUAUCACUCCUCACGCUUUACCGUUGUUCAGACAAGAGAAGUUAAGAACUAGCAAGAAGAAAAUGGAGAAAGAUAGGUUGGACCCGGUCAAGUCACACCGGCCUGAUCUACCCAUCACAUCAGGUCAGGGUGGUAGGGUAGCGGCUUCAGGAAGCACCCUAAGCUCCUUCGUCAUCAGGAACCUGGGUCUAAGUAAGAGGGUUGAUGAUGAACAGGAUCCAAGAGAGGCUAUCUUGAAAUAUGCGAAGGAAGCUGAAGAGAAUCCGUUCUGGGUGGCUCCGGCGUAUAAGAAAACUCAACCACAGCCUAUAUUCCAGGCUGGAAAUGAAGAGGAGGGGCCUACUGACCCGAAGAAACCAAAAACGUCUUAAAUGAAGGAUUUUAACCUUUAUCAGAAAGUAUUUAAAGUCGACAGUCCGAUAAUGGCGCAAUUGACUUUAGCACAUACUUAUGAAGGCAUAAUUUAUUAUCGUCAGUACUUACUGUUCACUAAUUUCAUCCACCUAAACUGCCAUAUAAAUUCAAACAAUUUUGUCAUUGUAACUUUAGAACUCUAUGCUAACUUAGUGUUCUAAAAAAACCUUAUAAUAAUACUGGCUGCGAAAAAAUUAAACUGCUCGCAAAAACAAAUAGUACCGUAAAAUGGGGUGAAUAGGGAUCGAGAGGUGAAUAGUACGAUUACGUACGUAAAACAAACUCAAACUAAGGUCUCAGAAGAGGGGUGAAUCGAUACUAUGAAGAAUUUCCUUAUAUCUAUUCACUCCUCUUCUGUACAUUUUCGCCGCUCAAACCCUAUUCACCCUAUUUUACCGUAAGUUAAAUAAACAAAACAUACUGAAAUUAUCAAAAUGGCUUCCGAUGUCUGUAGUAAACUUAACGAUAAUUGCGUACUUUCCGCAAUCAAAAAUAAAUUAUUUCGACUGUUCAAUAUAAUAAGAUAUUUAAAAAAAUAAUCACGCUUUCAAUUAAUAA